AUGGUUCCGACAAAAGUCGCUGCGCAAACAGUGUUGAGACCGAAGGUGAUUUCUGAAAAGGAAGGUGUCAUUGAGCCCUCAAUAAUCGCAAUCCCUAUGCGUGGUAUCUCCAUUAGAAGGUGGGGUUCGUCACACGUGUCACUGCUUUUUCCCCCGUCGAGCAACCAAAGCAGAGCUGUUAUCGCUUCAUUCUCGUCGUCUUCACCUUCGUCUUUCAGACGAUUCUCGCAAUUGAACUACCCCGCUGGUGUUUCUCAGGUACCAUCCAGGACUCCAACAUGGCAGGAAGAGGAAGUGGAAAGAAUAAGAAACGAAAUAUGGGAAGGAAGGAAUAUUUAUAAACGAGACCGAAAUGAGGAAACCCAGGCGAAUAAGAAGAGGAAGUUAGAAAAUGGUGACUCGUCGGUGCCAAUAUUUGCUACGCAGUUCUCUGCCGAAGAUAUUGCAGCCGAACAGCGACGGCCUAAGAAGAAGGUCGCUGUUAUGAUAGGCUAUUCAGGAACAGGAUAUCAUGGCAUGCAGCUGAGCUUAACACACAAGACGAUAGAGGGUGAUCUGUUCGCCGCAUUCGUGGCUGCUGGCGCAAUCUCAAAAGCCAAUGCCACCGACCCCAAAAAGUCCUCGCUCGUCCGAUGUGCUCGUACAGAUAGAGGUGUUCACGCCGCGGGCAAUGUUGUAUCUCUCAAACUGAUCGUUGAAGAUCCCGACAUUGUCCAGAAAAUCAACGAGCACCUUAGUCCGCAGAUCCGUGUAUGGGGGUAUGAGGUUGUUACCAAAAGCUUCAGCUGUUAUCACCUUUGUGACUCUCGCAUGUACGAGUAUUUGAUUCCUACUCAUUGCUUCCUUCCACCACACCCGAGCACGUACCUGGGGAAGAAAACAGUAGAGCUUGCCGAAGCGCAUGGCGAUACUGAAGGAUUUAAUGAACGACAAAAGGAAGUUUCAAGCUUUUGGCAGGAGAUUGACGAGAAGGAAAUCAAACCUAUUUUGGAAAACCUCCCUGAAGACAUUCGACGACUCGUUCAGAGCGCCUUGUACAUCGAAGAAGACAGCAGCGACAAAGAAACAGCCAUCAGCCAGGCGCCGCAAGACCCAAUUGACAACAACUUGCCUGCCCUCGAAUCUGAGUCAACAUCCGCUGCAGCGACUGAGACCACACAAGCCGACAAACCGGAUUCCGAAGCAGCAGCUGCUGCUGCUGCAGCACCACCCUCCAAGCCGACAUUGACUAUAAAACAGAAGGAAACAAUCCAGAAAACCAUCAAGUCCAUCAAAGCCAUCUACACGAAUGCCAAACGCGCCUACCGGAUCCCUCCAUCCCGUCUGCAAAGAGUCCAAGACGCGCUUGACAAAUACAUCGGAACACGCAAUUUCCACAACUACACCAUCCAAAAGCCCUUCGCAGACCCUUCCGCUAGACGAGUCAUAAGAACAUUCGUCGCCAACAAGGAACCCAUCAUUAUCAACGGCACGGAGUGGGUCAGCCUCAAAGUCCACGGGCAGAGUUUCAUGAUGCAUCAAAUCCGCAAAAUGGUGGCUAUGGUGGCGCUUAUUGUACGCUGCGGAUGCGAUCCUAAAAUCAUCGAGGAGAGCUAUGGUCCCGUCAAGUUGUCCAUUCCAAAAGCCCCCGGUCUGGGUCUGUUGUUGGAGCGUCCGCUUUUCAAUACAUACAACCGAAAGAUGGCCGCGGAAUUUGCCAAGGAGAAGAUUGACUUUGACAAAUAUGAGGCGGAAAUGAAUGAAUUCAAACAGCGGGAGAUUUAUAAUCGAAUAUUUAGGGAGGAGGAAGAAUCCAAUUCCUUCGGGACUUUUUUCAACCAUAUCGACCAUUUCCCAGCAGAGACGUUCCUCUAUUUGACUGCGGGAGGUAUACCUGCAUCUCAAGUUAAUGCAGAGACCAGGUCGGAAAAGAUGAAGGCUGGCGAGGGAGCUCUAGUGGGCAUGGAGUCUGAAUCUGACGCAGAAGCUUCCGGCGAAGAAGAGGGUUAG